GAGAGAAAGAGACAAUGGAGGAUAAACAGAAAAGUCUCAGUCCUCCGCCGUGCCCUUCCACUGUAACAGUUCGACGGAAUCCUUCGAGGAGAGCUAGAGCAACGCCGUAUACAACUGCAACUAAGCCACCUCUCUCCUCUUCAGCCUCCGCGAUAACCCACGACGUUCCUACUUUUCCGAUCGACGAGAUUCUCUCUAUCCAAAUCCCACAAUCCGAACCAAAACAAUCGAUUCCAGAGAGUUUGAAGAUUUUCCUGAGAAUCAAACCUUUGAGAAGCUUCACCAAGGUUACCACAACGAAGGCCAGACCUAGAAAUGUGUGGCCACAGAAUCCUUCGAAGAAGAACAACGCGAAAGAGAAUAGGAAUCCGGAGAUUACGAAGAAGGUUAAGAAGAAGGACGAAGAAGCUUGUAUUACUCUCAACGAUCCUUAUUCAGUCACAUUAACUCCGCCUCAAUCGUUGCAAGAGCUGAAACGAAGUAAGACUGAAGUAUACGAAGGGUUUUCUCAUGUUUUCCCGGCUGAUUGUUCUCAGAACGAUGUGUAUGAUAAAAUGGUCCAACCUUUGUUGGAGGAUUUCAUGAAAGGGAAAAGCGGAAUGUUGGCAGCAUUGGGACCUAGUGGCUCGGGGAAGACUCAUACCGUCUUUGGAACUUUGAAGGAUCCUGGAAUUGUGCCAAUUACACUCCGUCGAAUUUUCAAGAAGAGUGAUGAGAGUUCUUCUGGACCUUUGAGGACGUUUAACUUGUCCAUAUUUGAAAUAUGCUCCGAACGAGGGAAAGGGGAGAAAGCUUAUGAUUUACUAGGUGGUGAGAGCUCUGAAUUGUCUGUGCAGCAAUCAACCAUCAGGGGUUUGAAAGAGGUCCCAAUCCAGAAUUUGGAGGAAGCAGAGUCUUUAAUUGGACAAGCUAUGCUGAAACGUGCAACAGCUACAACAAACUCAAAUAGCCAAUCAAGUCGCUCACAAUGCAUCAUUAACAUACGAGCAUCAUGCAAUGGCUUUUCCAACGAAACAAAAAUGCAGUCUAGUGAUGCUAUGCUGACGAUAGUGGACCUGGCGGGAGCAGAAAGAGAGAAAAGAACUGGAAAUCAGGGAGAAAGGUUGGUUGAGAGUAAUUUCAUCAAUAAUACAUCCAUGGUUUUCGGUCAAUGUUUACGGUCACUGUUGGAGUACCAGAAGAACAGAAAGAAGGGAUUGCAGAAACAUCAUCAAAAUUCUUUGUUAACAAGGUACUUGCGAGAUUACCUAGAGGGGAAAAAGAGGAUGGCUUUGAUUUUAACUGUCAAAGCAGGGGAAGAGGAUUAUCUUGAUACCUCCUAUCUUUUGAGACAAGCAUCACCGUAUAUGAAAAUCAAAUUUGAUGACACUGAGGAACCUUGCAACAAGAGACAGCUCAAGACAUUUCCAAGAGCUGAAAAAAACAAGAAGAUUAAACUUAGUGCUCCCAAGACUUCCCAAAUUGAAGAAAUUUCUCAUGGAGAGAGAUGCCAAAUUUCUCAGGAAGUGAAUUUGCAGGGAAAGAAAGCUGAUCCAACAGACAUAUCAUCUCCGAGGCUGGAACAUGUUGCCCAGGAUAAAAAUGAGCGAGAGCACAUCAUCAUGCGGAAUUUCUCUAAAGUCUUAUGGAAUGUUUUGAAGCAGUACAACGAGAAAUUAAAAGUUGCAGAAAGUGAAAUUUGCACUCUCAAGGAUAGCCUUCGAAGAGAACAGCUAAAAUCUCUUGGAUUGGAGACAGAGUUGAUCAGUCUCAAGUCCUCUUACCUGGCAGAGCCAUGUAUACCUGAGGUAGAAGCCAUUGUACAUGCAAAAGAACACUUCGAGGUUGACGCGAGUUUGACUAAUGUGGUAAGGAAUGUCGAUGAUGAUUCUUGCAACCUUAUCAAGGCAAGAAGAGAAACUGGAGCAGAAGAAUCCAGCGAGUCUCCUGUGCCUAAUGUGGUAAGGAAUGUCGAUGAUGAUUCUUGCAACCUUAUCAAGGCAAGAAGAGAAACUGGAGCAGAAGAAUCCAGCGAGUCUCCUGUGCCUAAUGUGGUAAGGAAUGUUGAUGAUGAUUCUUGCAACCUUAUAAAGGCAAGAAGAGAAGCUGGAGCAGAAGAAUCCAGCGAGUCUCCUGUUUCUAAUGUGGUAAGGAAUGUGGAUGAUGAUUCUUGCAACCUUGUCAAGGCAAGAAGAGAAGCUGGCGCAGAAGAAUCCAGCGAGUCGUCUGUGCCUAUUGUGAGAAAUGUCGAUGUUGAUUCUUGCAACCUUAUCAAGCCAAGAGGGGAAGCCAGCGCAGAAGAAUCGAGCGAGUCUCCUGUGCCAAGCAAAAAUAUAGUGCCUGGCUGCUAUGUUGUUGUGAAAGAUGCUGAACUUGUUCGAUGUCACUUGUCUUCUACGAAUGAUGCUGAGCCAAGACAGUCUGUCAAUUCUGAAGAAAAUGUGGGGAUUCCUUUUGCGACUACUCAUGUUGAAGCUGAAGUUACUGACUUUCCAAGAGAUCAGGCCAUCCAGAAUCAAGAUGAUCCAACACCUUCACCAGAACAAGUUGAAGUUAGUCAAGAUUGCAUCAACAGCCGGAUGUCUAAUGUUCAAACAAAAUCCGCAAUAUCCCGUAGAUUUCCAGAUUCAGAGAAGCAAGAAAGAAACAGAAGACUGUUGCCAGUGUCAUCCAGAUCGCUAACUGAGGAAAUGAAUGACUUGGACAUAAAAGAGAACCAGAUUGAGAAACCACAGGUUAAAACCGCCAAGACUCGUGUUCAAAAGAAAGCAGAAUCAUUCCAAGGUCAGGAAAUUGAAGUCCCUGCCCGUGAAGCAGACCCUGCAUCAACUAAGAAACAGAGGAAUGGACAGAAACCAAAAAGGAGACUCCAACCUGCUUCGUCUGUGUUAUUAACAAGAGAAAUAAACACUUUAGAAAUCGAGGAUGAUAUCGCCGAGCUAAAGGGGACCAGAGGUGGAAAGAAGACGACAGUGUCACAACCGAGAAGCCAAGGGAGUGUCACUCUCCUCCGCCUCCUAACAAACAAUCUUCAUCUCUAAGAUUUAUCAAACAAACUUACAUCAACAUAUUAUUGUACCUUCUAUUGUCUGUUUAAAACAAGGUUUAAAAUAUCAAAUCCUGGUUGUAUAUAUAUCAAAAAGAAACUGAAAUAUUUCAA